GAGGCCUUCCGCCAGCCUCGCCGGAAGUGGUGAUGCAGGAGGAGCGCAUCUUGGCUUCCGAGUCGGUGGUGGAUGAACAGGUGGAGCUGAACCAGGAAGAGCGUAUGGAGGUGCAGUGCGUCGGCAUGAAGCAUCUCCGAGAGGUCACCACUUACGAGAACGAGCAGCAAGAAGCGGCCAACGAGAUCCAAAGCAUUCGGAGCUUCCAACCAACGGAAGCGGAACACAAGUGUCUUCCCCUGCAUCUUCGCAACAAGAAGCUGCCCGGCUACCUCUUCAGUGACCGCCCCACUUGGUCCAACCCGCCUCCCUUCCCGGAGCGCCUGGGCGAAAUCGUCGUAGAGGGCGUGCACCACACGGACAAGACGCCCACGGGCCACCAUGUAGUUCUGGAGCUGGUGGGCUGCACCAGCUGCGAGAACGACCAGACCAAGGAGGUGGAGUGGGGAG